CUGCUCGGGCGGAUCAUCUCGAAGCCACGGGAAGGAAGACGGGAACCGCUUCAGCACAACAAACAUUUGGGGCAAAGCAAUCGAUCCGAGGCGAUUUGGGACUUAAAAAAAAUGUCAACCAUGAAAGGGAAGACAAAGGAAUAUCUGAGCGUGAAGGACCUGCAGAAGGUUUUGGACUCUUGCAAGCUACACCUCAAUCAAAUCGAUGAAGUGUGGCCGAACAUCUACAUAGGGAAUGUGGCAGUAGCCCAAAACAAGGCUGCCUUGCUGAAGUUAGGUAUAACUCAUGUAUUAAACGCUGCCCACUCCAAGCGAGGCAGCAUAGGGAACCAAAGCUUUUAUGGCAACGACUUUGUGUAUUGUGGCAUUCCAGCAGAUGACUCGACGCACUUCGAUCUGGAUGUUUACUUCCAGCCCGCAGCGGAUUUCAUUCACAAAGCUCUGAAGUCGCCCCAUGGGAAAGUUCUGGUGCACUGCAUCAUGGGAAUGAGCCGCUCGUCGACCUUGGUGUUGGCGUACCUCAUGAUCUACCGUCGCAUCCCGCUCCAGAGGGCUUUGCAGAAGCUGAUCCAGAAAAGAGCCAUCUACCCCAACAGGAAUUUCCUGGCUUUGCUGCUGGACCUGGAUCUUCAGCUGACGAAAAAAAAGAAAACGUGUCAGAUCCUGUAGUCGGGAGGCGUUUACACUCAACAGAAAUGACUGAAACGGAUAAUGUACUGUCACAUAAACGUGUCUUUCUGUCAGAUUAACACAGCAUGUUGAACUGAACAGAGAAGAAGAAUGGGAAUAGUGCAUAUAUAUUAUAGUAGUAAAAUGCUAAAUGCUAAUGGGGGAAGGCAAUUUGCGCACUAAUAACUUUCAAUUUUCAACACAUGUUGCCUUUUUCAGGUCACUUUAAACACUAGCAUGCUAACACGCUAAUGGUGCUACCUCAAAAUGUCAUUUGUGGCUACUACACUGCGAUGUCACGUGACACAAAACGACUGGAAGAUAAGGAAGUCGUGAGAAUACGGCUGCUACUCUUGUAGCUUAAGUUAGUUUCAGGAACAGCGCCCUCUUGUGGUGUCCAAAACCUUGUAAAUGAUCUUUUCGUGAAGGCCGUUAGCAAAAAAAAUGUAGGAAAUUGUUGGCGUCUAAAAGCCACCGAGGCUAAUGCUAACGUGUGUCGUGCUACAAUUUAAUCUUGAGUUGAGUUGACUUCAACUAUUUGCGCCGCUCUGAUGACGUGUUAGCGUUAGAAUCCAUGUUUGUUAAAUGGAAAAAAGACCGCUUCUUCUUCUAUAAAACCCUAAAAAGGUUAGCAUACUCCCCAAGGAGGCUAAAGGAAAAAGUAAAAACACAUAUUUAGUUACAAAAGAACAACAAAAUGAAUGUGAUUGGUUAUUUAUCAGUGGGGAGGAGCCACGGUUUAGACGCUGCCCUCCUAUUGGUGGACAGGUCGGUCGGACUUCCCCCUUUUCCUGGAUCCUCCAACCUGAGCCUUAAAUGUAAUAAUAAAACUGACAAUUAUACUUUUAAAUGAAAGUUUAAUAUAGCUCCAAUAGUUUUUGCUUCACUGUGUUCGUCAACGUUUAAAUUAAUGACAUUGAGCAAACGCUGCUAACAGUGUAGCUAGCGUAGCACGCCCGCUAACAGAGAAGCUAGCCACGCUCGCCUGUCGCGUAACUUUUCUCUCUUGCAGUUAAGAGUUUUGCAAGGUAUUAUAACCACGUCGCUUAAUAUAGGAGCUUUUUAGUUAGAUUUAUCAAACUUUAUUAGAGAUUUAUUUUUUAGAUUUAUUUGUAAACUUAUUAAGAGAACUACAGCAUUAACAAAGCGCGUCUCAACUCACGAACGCAAACCUUAGACAUGCAGCAACUUUAGCCUGCGAUGUGACAUAGAUUUACCUCAACAGCGCCACCAUCAGGCCAAACUUUACUCUGAAAUACGUGUACUGUGAACGUCAAAAUCCAUGAAAAUACAGUUUUGUUGUCUGAUUUGUAAAGAGAUGUAUAAAAGAAAAAAAAGUUACGAAUGUCUUAACAAAAACCUUGCAGAACAAAGGAGAUUUCAUGACUGUUUUGUGUCUUAAAUUGUGCGUUUACCUUUUUUUUUUUAGUACCUCACCUUGUGUUAGAGCAGAAUGGACCAAAUGCCUUCUGGAAAAUGUUUUGCAGAGCGUCACAUUUUAGUGAACUCUAUCUGUGGGACUCCAAGUCAUCACUCAUGCAUCCACUAUAUAGCUACUGUGUAAAAUUCACUGCAAAUACUGUCGUAGAGAAACACGAGUUUUGUUGGUGAAUGUUUCAUUUGGGUACAAGACAAAAAAAUGAUACAAUAAAUUUAGAACAUUUCACAAAUAAA